AUGUCAUGAGUACGCCUGACACGAAUCUGCCUGCCCUUGGCUCUUGACCUCUUACCUCCAAGUAUCGAAACCUCUCUAACUCUCGGUUGUCAACGUAUAACCGUGAUACUAUUUAUCUCAGCUUCCAACACUCCACAAUAACAACAUGGCGACAUCCGAAGAGGAAACCAAUCCUUACGAGCUACUUGGUGUAACACUAGAAUCAUCGGAGGCGGAAAUCAAAACUGCGUAUCGUCAAAGAUCGCUGAAAGUCCAUCCUGACAGGAAUCGCGGUAAUCCCGAUGCAGCACGCAAGUUCCAUGAACUCAAUCAGGCGUACGAGCUGUUGCUCGACCCUUUGCGUCGUAUGGCUCUCGAUGCCAAAGUUCGCAUCAAAGAAGCUCGUAAGGCUCGCUAUGCGCAAUAUGACCAUAAACGCAGGAACCUUGUGGAAGAACUGGAGGAACGCGAACGUGCUUUCAAGAGGUCCAAGAUGGAGAAGGAGGCAAAGCAGAAGGAAAUGUGGCGAGAGAACGAGCGUGUUAUGGAAGAAGGCAGGUUGAUGCGCGAAGCACGUGAGAAGGAACUUCGCAAACGAGAGGAGGAAGUGAUGGAAGAAGCAAGAAAAGCGAAAGAGAGGACGAGCGAACUUGAACCUCCGCCAGUUGGCACUCUCGACACAACCGUCCGAGUGAAGUAUACCCUUAGCACACACCCAGAACUUACGACUGCCGAACAACUCUCUGCCCUUCUACGUCCAUUCGGUGUCACUGAUAUUUCAGAUAUUCUCAUUUCUCUCAAACCGUCACCGCCGAAGAAACCCAAACGAGGAACUGCUAUUGUGCCUUUCAAGCAGAUCGGCGACGCUUUCGCGGCUGUAUGUGCAAGUGGCAGAGAGGAGAGGGGUUUGAAGGAUGUGGAGAUUACUUGGGCUGAAGGCAAGGAAUCUGGGCUUAUCGAAUGGUUGAAGAAGAUGGGUCAACUAGGCUCGAAUGGAGUAACGCCAAGUAGGUUCUCAGCAACCUCCACCGCAUCUUCUCCGGCAACUUCUCCAACACAGCCAUCUGGCGAACCUGACUCGACUUCUACACCGUUUUCUUCCUUCCCAUCUACAUUCGUAAGUUGUCCUCGUUAUAUCCUAAUGAAUGGAAAUGACCUAGCUUGUUCAAUAGCCGGACCUCCAAGACGCUUCAUCGUUCACUCCAACUAAGAGUGUACCUGGUCUUGACUAUGAGUCGCUGACACUGAUGAGACUUCGGCAAGCCGAACGAGAACGGUUGGAGCGAGAAAUCUUAGAACAAGAGGCGCAGCAAGGAUAAGCGGUAUAUGGUUUACCUAUGAUUCAAUGGUAGUGUCAUUCGCUGACUCUAUGCUUUAGCUUUUUUUUUUGUACCGUUAGACCCCCACUUGCUCUAUGUCUGUAGCAUGGUCUCGAUAUGCAAGGUUUCUUCGGACUUUCUCUUGCUACUUCAUACUUCUCAGG